CAAACGCUGGCGCCAUUGCCGUCGCGAACGUCCAUUGCAAUUCGUUCUCAUUCCGCCUAGUGUGGUCGGUGACGUGGUGCUUUCUACAUCUUGAAAAUGUUGCGAUACACUAUUUGUCUGGUGUUGGUGCUCAGUCCAGUGCUAACCCGGCACGUGCCCCGCUUCGCGGAGCUCGACGCCGAGGAGCAACAACUGUACCGCGCCGCCUACGACACGCCCUCCUACGACCACGACGAGUACCAGGAAGAAGACCUGGAGCCAGGCAAGCUGGACCUCCUCAAGGACGGCCUCUGGGCCAUCAAGGCCAAGAUAAAAGAACUCAAGGCCUUCGAUAAAGCCCUGGCGGCGAACGUGCUCACCACCAAGCUGAAGCUGAAGGAGCUCUUGGAGUACCAUUUGAAGAAGAAGCCGAUAGAACUGGUGGUGGAGAAGAAGAAGCCUGUCAGUUAUCAAAGCUAUCCUCAGGCCCCUGCGUACCCCCCGCAGCCGCAGUACGAACCGCAGUACGCGGCGCCGCCGCCCGCCUACCACCACGACCACGACCCUUACUACGGACACUGA